GGUCUACCUCAAUAUUGCCUGCUGCUGCCAUACAGUAUCGGAACUCGACUCCUCUAACAUGUCGUCCUCUGCCAGAACCACCAUGGUGCUAUUCGUAGCAGCAUCUGCGGCGGCGGCCAACAUCUACACCGAGCCAUGCCCACUAUAUGGCCAGAACUACCCGGCACCUACAAGUCUGGCCACCAGCACCCAUGUUGAGGCGGCAACGAAAUCAGUCCUGGAGCAGCUUCUCAAAGCCAGGAACGCGGCCACGGCGUAUGGUCCACUAGAUACCGAUACCACGGCAUUCUCUCUGGACUUCUACUCUCUGGAUGACGAAGAUCCUCUCUUCAACUAUCACUACACGCCAGUCAAUCUAGCGAGCCAGCGCACAUCCGGUGUGGAGCAGGUCGACUCGGAUACCGUCUACCGCGUGGGAAGCGUGUCCAAGCUAUUGACCGUGUAUCUGUAUCUGCUGGCCGCGGGCGACGAUUCCUGGAAUGAGCCAAUCACGGAUUUCAUCCCUGAGCUCCUGGAGAUCUCCGAGAUGCAGGACCUUGACCCUACCAGCAAUGUUGACUGGGAGUCCAUCACAGUUGGGGCGCUUGCCAGUCACCUCGCCGGAGUUGGAAGGGACCCGACACGAGCAGCAGCUUUGGAAAAGGUUUUUGGAGACCUUGGAAUCCCCAGCCAGAGCGAUGGCUCAAGCUCCUCGUGCGGUGAGCCGUCACUGGUCACGUUGCCUUGCAACCGUUCUCAAUUCUUCACCGAGUUUCCAGCCCAACACCCCAUUGUGGCCUCCUACAAGACGCCAGUCUACUCCAACGCUGCGUUCCAGAUCCUAGGCUACGCCCUCGAGAACAUCACCGGCCAAUCGAUGAGCGAUAUCUUUGACGAGUACCUGGUCAAGGGCCUCAACCUAACCUCUACCUCCUACCAUCUCCCAGACAGCCCCGAUACGUCCAUAAUCCCUUACAACACGACGUACAGCUGGUGGUUCGCCGACCUCCUUGAUCUGACCCCAGCAGGUGGCUACUUCAGCAGCAUCAACGACAUGCGCAAGAUCGGUAAAGCGAUUCUGGGCUCGACCCAACUGGACCCGGCCGCGACGAGGCGCUGGAUGAAGCCGCACUCCUUCUUGUCGAACCGGGACGCCGCGGUGGGCGCUCCUUGGGAGAUAUACCGCGCGCCGGGCGACCCGUCGAUCAUGAUGAUGACCAAAUCGGGCGACCUAGGGAAAUACUCUUCAUACAUGGUCCUCAUCCCGGAGCUCCAUAUUGGUUUCACUGUUAUCGCUGCUGGUGUCUUCGCGAGCGAAAACUCUCGCAUGCUGGGCAAUAUUCUGGUCGACACGUUCGUGCCAGCCGUGCUAGCUACCACCGCGGACGAGGCGGGUGAUGUAUAUGCUGGGACAUUCUCUGACAAGAAGACCGGGUCGAGUAUCACACUGGUGCAGAAUGAUACCGAGCCCGGUCUCCUUGUCGAGGAAUGGUCACUCGGUGGAAAGGAUGUGCUGUCGCUUCUCGGGCAGAUCAAACGUGGCAAUAUCACUGCACGGCUGUAUUACUCCGGUCUGGAAAACGAGACACCGAACGGCACAGUCAGCUCAUGGAGGGCUAUUUACCAGACUCUGACGAGAAGGAACGGACCCGGGCCGUUGUCACCUAUCUGCGACUCGUGGUUCAGUGUAGAUGGACUCACAUAUGGCGGAGUGGGCUUGGAUGAAUUCCUGGUCACCACCGUCCAUGGCAAGGCGACCAGCAUUGUGCCGAGGGUGUUAGGUAUCCCCAUGGCCAGGACUGAGGCUUAGGGAGAUCAAUCCCAGAGAGCAGGAUUUGAUGAAGCCUACCUUCUUGAAUAUAUUUGAUACACCCA